CACACACAUCGCAUUGACAACUUCAUCGACGAAUCGAAUAGUACCCUAAUCCCAUUUUGAAACCUCAACACAGUCUUGAAACUCCAAUCUAAAAACCGAAUUUGAGUUCCAAACUCCGACAGUACAUCUUGAAACUCCAGCUCAUGCCUAAAAAGUGCCUAAAAGUGUCAUUUGGAACCUUCAACGUCAAGACAAAGCGUAUAUCAGAGUAAUUAAAACAUUUAUUAGUUGUUUGUGUAUAUCACCAAAUAUGUAAAUGUUGUGUCGCUGUGAAGUUUAUUAAAAAGGUUUGUUCAGUCGCUGUAAAGUUGACGAUUAGCAACCAUAGCAACCACUAGUAAUGACUAGACCACCACGCGAACGACAUGAAAUUUUGUUUCCUUUGUUUCACACCUGUGUUCAUUUAUUUGAAAAUUGGCAAUUUUGAAUUUGGCGACGAGAAACGCACCGCGCACUCACCCCCCCCCCCCCCAUUUCCUCUGUUGAAGCGUUUCUUUUUGACUAUUGUGUCUUUUAUGCACGUCACCGUGAAUUUCGCGUGUCUUUCAUAUAGUUUGCCAUUUCAAAUGUGUCCACACUUCAGUAGUUUGUUGAUUUUCAGGUGUGUGUCAUGGAAUGUCACAGAUUUGCCUUGCGACGACUUGUAUUGCAUUCAAGUGCUCCUCGAAUAGUUGAGCAACGUCAUAACCUGAUUUAAUAUAACCGUACAACACUGUUACAUAUUUAAAUAUAUGUAACAAAUAUAGUUUUAUUUCAAUGUGGGUGUGUUGUCUUCAGAAUGCCUGGCCUUCUUAGCGCGUAAAGUGCUAUUUUGACAUUCCAAAGAUCUACCAAAAGGAGAUGUGGAUGGAAUCGAGACCUUCAUUUUCACCAUGGCUGAACCUCAAGCAGGACCCUGCGGCAACAGAUGGAGAAACGUGUGUCGACACCAUAGGUGGAGAAACAGACUCUAUUGCAAGUCUCGGCAAAUGUCCGAAUCUCAUGCAAAAACCCUCAAACCAGGACCGCAUGCUCCCGAUUAAAAAACGCCGCAGCCUGCGGAAAAGUCUGGUGAAAUACAUAUGUCAGCACGCGCAGCAACAGCCGGGAGAGGAUGACGACCCUUCCAAGAGUGAUUUUGAAAAGAAAUAUUACCAUUACAUUCAAAACGGCAUCAACCUGGAGAAUCUCACCCCUCUCCAAGACUCUUGGGUGAAGAACAUCACGGGGAAGGUCCCCGGUCACCUGAAGAGCCAGAACGAAAUGCUCAACAUUCUGCUUGAUGAAGUCAGGGAGGACUACUUGCUCAGCAUCAAGACGGCGAUCCUGAAAUACACGUUCUGUGAUCCGGAGGAAGCGGACGAGGACUCUGUGAAAGAUCUUCCUCUUCACCGACUGGAGUUGGUGCGCGUGCCCAAAGCAUGGAAGGAGUCCUUUGUGUUUGCGCGCAAGCGCAUGAACAACUGGCUGCACUCCUUCAACCCCACCAUGCAGCAGGUGCUUAACCUGUGGAACACCACGUACAGAGAUUUGCGUUUGAUCGAUACGGCUGAACUCCGGAGCAGAACCGAGUCGAUGGAGUUGUCGGUAUUUCAGCAAAAUGCCAACGGUCAGAUUGGUAACGUUCGAGGAACCCUUCAGAACAAAUGGCUUCCCGAAGUGCACAACAUUUACUACCACGGGGGUCGGCGCAAACUGGUGCCCCCUCAAAGCCACAUGGACAAGCUGCAGUCUUUCUUUAACUGCGCCGCUACGCUAAUGGCCAUCCAGCUGCAGAACCUGGUCUUGGACUCCAUGAGUGACUACACCAGGCUCAUUUGUCCCAAUCCUGACUCAGAGCAGACCUUUGGCCACUCGGGAUUUGUGCUUUUUCUGAUCCUGGAAGAUCGGGAGAUCACAUUGGAGCCAGACCUGAAAUCCUUUGAAGAUAUUCUGCUUAAUGUCUACGAGUUCAUGCUCAGGUCCGUCACCUUGCUUCCACGCGUGGAAACCAAACUCUACGCAGAAUGGGUAGCGUCAAGUAGCUCCGGGGAGACCCUGAAACCGGUCAUCCUACCAGAGAUCAUCGAGGCCCAGGAGACGGAGGUUCGCAGGGUCAUCCAGGAAGAAUACGUGAAGCCCGUGGCGUACAUCCACGAGUACGACAAAUACAGCACCUUGGUGAACAAGGAGGCGGAGGAGGCCAUGGAGCGUUUCCUGGGGGAGGAACACACCUUCCAGGAGCUCAUGACGGAGGUGAUCAACUACCAGCAACUCAUCGACCAGAUUCAGUACACCUCGCGCAAGGUGGUCAGUCUUGGCAUGUUUGAGGUCCAGGCCCACAAGCUCAUUCAGGCCUUGGUGAAGCGCGCCACGGACCUCCAGCAGAAACUGGUUUCACGGAUGCUCCAGGGCCAUCAAGACAUCAACACGGCGCUUUGCAAUGAAUUUGAAAAGAUCGCCGAGAGGGCACUGAGCACGCCGCCUGACACGCACUCACUGAUGGAGUUGAAGGCCUUUGUGAAUAAAGUGAAGAUCACGGACCUGCCGCAGCUUGAGCAAAGGUUGGCCAACUCCAACAUGCAGCUGUGCUCCCUGAUCGACUUUGUGUCGCUGUCGCCGGCCGACAUGGAGCUCAACAGAAAGACGAUCCAGUGGCUCGGGCGGCUGCCCACCAUCUUCGAGGAGCACGACCAGAUCGUCUCGGAGAAGACCACGCAAUAUCAGAACAGCCUCAAGUUGUUCCGCGAGCUCUUUGAGGAGGAACUGGAGACGUACAGUGUCCAAGUGGAGGAGUUUACGAGUUUUGGCGACCUGGAGGAUCUCAGCAAGUACCUCAAAAAGGCCCAGGCUCUCAAUUCCAAACUGGACGCUGCCAUAGAACGGAUCAACGAAUUCAACUUGGAAGAGGAAGCGUUCGACUGGCCCUCCUCGCAAUACCCACUGCGCAAAAAGACUCAGGACAAGCUGACGCCUUUCCUGCGGCUGUACGAAACGUCCAACGACUUCCUGACCAAUUACGAGCAGUGGCUCUUCGGGCCGCUGUCUGGCGUCAACCCGGACAAGAUCGAAGGAGAUGUCAGCAACUACUGGCGUUCGUUGUAUAAGCUGGAGAAAGGCUUUGUGGAUGUGCCCAACGCUUUGGGUCUGGCCACCAUCAUGAAGGAGAAGGUGGAGGUCUUCAAAAAGGAUGUGCCCAUGGUGCAGGUCCUCUGUAAUCCAGGCUUGCGUCCGCGCCACUGGGAAACGCUGAGCGAAAUCUCGGGCAAACCCCUCAGCACGACGGACGAAGAGUCCGCCAACAUGUCCCACUUCCUGUCCCUGAAAAUGGAGGAGUUCCUGACCGAGUUUGAAGGCGUCAGCGAGUCUGCCAGCAAGGAGUACUCCUUGGAGAAGGCCCUGGAGAAGAUGACCGGCGAAUGGGCCGACAUUACCUUCAAGCUUCUUCCCUAUCGCGAGACGGGAACCAGCAUCCUAUCGUCGGUGGACGAGGUGCAGAUGCUGCUGGACGACCACAUAGUCAAGACGCAGACCAUGAAGGGCUCGCCCUUCAUCAAGCCUUUCGAGGUGGAGAUACGCAAUUGGGAGGGCACGUUGCUGCUUCUCCAGGAGAUCCUGGACGAGUGGCUGAAGGUUCAAUCCACGUGGCUUUACCUGGAGCCCAUCUUCAGCUCGCCCGACAUCAUGGCACAGAUGCCCGAAGAGGGACGGCGCUUCACCAAUGUGGACAAAACCUGGAAGGACACCAUGAAGCAAGUUGCUGCGGACAAGCACGUGUUGGCCGUCAUCGAAAUCAAUCAAAUGCUGGACAGGCAAAAGAAGUCCAACGAGCAUCUGGAGAUGAUCCUCAAAGGACUCAACAACUACUUGGAGAAGAAGCGACUCUACUUCCCGCGCUUUUUCUUCCUGUCUAACGAGGAGCUGCUGGAAAUCCUCUCCGAGACCAAAGACCCCACGAGGGUGCAGCCAUUCUUGAAAAAGUGUUUCGAGGGCGUCGCUCGCGUGACCUUCACCGAAGACCUCGACAUCACUCACAUGAAGAGCAGCGAGGGAGAAGAAGUCCAGCUCGUCGACAUCAUUUGCACUCCCAACGCCCGCGGCCAGGUGGAAAAAUGGCUUCUGGAACUGGAGAACGACAUGAUUGCUUCUCUGCAUAAGGUCGUCGGGGAAGCUAUCGUUGCGUACCCCAAAGCUUUGCGGAUCGACUGGGUGCGCUCGUGGCCCGGCCAGGCAGUCCUGUGCGUCUCACAAGUCUACUGGACGAAGGAUAUCCACGACGCCAUUAAAUCAGGGCAGAAGGCCCUGGACGCCUACCUGGCUCAAAAUAACCGACAGAUUGACGACAUUGUGGAACUGGUGCGGGGCAAGCUGUCCAAACAGAACCGAGUCACCCUGGGAGCUCUGGUGGUCCUCGACGUCCACGCCCGCGAUGUGCUGGCCUUGCUGGUGGAAAAGGGGAUCAGCGACGAGCACGACUUUUUGUGGCUCAGCCAGCUGCGCUACUACUGGGUGGAAAAUGAUCUGCAGACAAAGAUGAUCAAUGCAGGUUUGCCGUAUGGUUACGAAUACCUGGGCAACACCCCUCGUCUGGUCAUUACCCCGCUGACUGACCGCUGCUACCGCACCUUGUUUGGUGCCCUCCAUCUCCAUUUGGGUGGAGCCCCAGAGGGCCCGGCGGGCACAGGAAAAACGGAAACCACCAAAGACUUGGCCAAGGCUGUCGCCAAGCAGUGUGUGGUCUUCAACUGCUCCGAUGGACUCGACUACAUUGCGCUAGGAAAAUUCUUUAAAGGCCUUUUGUCUUGUGGAGCCUGGGCCUGCUUUGACGAGUUUAACAGAAUUGACUUGGAAGUGCUGUCCGUGGUGGCUCAGCAGAUUCUCACCAUACAGAGAGGAAUCGCUGCCCAUGCCAAGCUGCUGAUGUUCGAAGGAACAGAACUGUCCCUGGACCCGUCCUGUGCUGUGUUCAUCACCAUGAACCCCGGUUACGCUGGGCGCUCCGAGCUUCCGGACAAUCUCAAGGCGCUGUUCAGGACCGUGGCCAUGAUGGUGCCGGACUACGCCUUGAUCGCGGAGAUCGUGCUCUACUCGUGCGGCUUUGUGACCGCGCGGCCCCUCUCGGUGAAGAUUGUGGCGACCUAUCGCCUGUGCUCGGAGCAGCUUUCGUCGCAGCAUCACUACGAUUACGGGAUGAGGGCCGUCAAGUCCGUGCUGACUGCCGCAGGAAACCUCAAGCUUGCGUUUCCGGACGAGAACGAAGACACUUUGCUACUCAGAUCCAUUAUUGAUGUGAAUCUUCCAAAGUUUCUGGCCCAGGACCUCCAACUGUUUGGGGGUAUCACCUCGGACCUUUUCCCCGGCGUCACGCUCCCGAAACGAGACUACAGCACUUUGCUGGAAGCCGUGAAGGAAAACUGCGACAUCAUGAACCUGCAAGUCACCGACUUCUUCAUCGAGAAGAUCCUGCAAGUGUACGAGAUGAUGAUCGUGAGGCACGGAUUCAUGUUGGUGGGCGAACCUUUCGGGGGCAAGACCUGCGCCUACCGCGUGCUCUCGGCGGCCCUUCACGACGUCUGCGUAAAGGGCCUGAUGGAGGAAAACGAAGUGCAGAUCACAGUUAUCAAUCCAAAAUCCAUCACCAUGGGACAACUGUACGGUCAGUUCGACCCCGUUUCCCACGAAUGGUCCGACGGCAUCCUGGCUGUCAGCUACCGAAACUUUGCCUCCUCGCAGACCCCCGACAGAAAGUGGCUGAUCUUUGACGGGCCGGUGGAUGCCGUGUGGAUUGAGAACAUGAACACGGUGCUGGACGACAACAAGAAGCUAUGUCUGAUGAGCGGCGAAAUCAUUCAGAUGUCCCCGCAGAUGAGCCUCAUCUUCGAACCCAUGGACCUGGAAGUCGCAUCUCCGGCUACCGUGUCCCGUUGCGGAAUGAUCUACAUGGAGCCGCACAUGCUGGGCUGGCAUCCUCUCAUGCUGUCCUGGUUCAACGUCCUGCCCGGCACGGUCACGGCGGCCCACAAAGAGCUCAUCGGAGGCCUUUUCGAACGCGUGCUGCCAGCCUGCCUGGAGCUGAUUCGCAAAGCCACAACGGAGUUGUCGCCGACAUCCGACAGCAAUCUGGUCAAAUCUCUGAUGAAUUUGAUGGACUGCAUGAUGGCAGAGUUUCACGACGGCGCUGUGAUGAAGCGCAUGAAUGACAAUGACAUCUGCUCUUGGCUGGAGGGCAUCUUCGUCUUCUGCCUGGUUUGGUCGGUGGGCGCCAGUUGCAACGAUGCAGGCCGCCUGAAAUUCGACCACAUGGUCAGGGAGAUACUGAGCGGUCCGCUCAGCGAGGAGACGCGCUCGUCCCACGCCAUCCUGACCACCGUGGGGCCGCCCGAAAAGCAGCUGACGGUGCCGUUGCCGACCGAGGACACGGUCUACCAGUACCGGUUCAUUAAAGAGGGCCCGGGUAGAUGGGAGCCAUGGACGGAGGAGCUGAAGGGCGCCCCCCCGCUGUCCAAGGACAUGGAGUUUAAUGAGAUCAUCGUGCCCACGGAGAACACGGUGCGCUACAUGGCGCUCAUGAAGCUCCUGGUCACCAACCAGAAGCCCACCAUCUUCAUCGGCCCCACCGGGACCGGCAAGAGCGUUUACAUCACCGACUUCCUGCUGAAUCAUGUGGACAAGGAGGUGUACAACCCGUUGUUUAUCAAUUUCUCAGCCCAGACCACAGCCGCCCAGACUCAAAAUAUUAUCAUGUCCAAGCUGGACAAGCGGCGCAAAGGAGUCUUUGGUCCUCCCAUGGGGCAGAAAAUGGUGGUAUUUGUGGAUGACGUCAACAUGCCUGCCAGGGAAGUGUACGGCGCCCAGCCCCCCGUGGAACUGCUGCGCCAGUGGCUGGACCAUUGGAACUGGUACGACCUGAAGGACUGCGCCAUGAUUAAGCUGGUGGAUAUUCAGGUCAUGUGUGCCAUGGGCCCGCCUGGCGGAGGGCGAAAUCCCGUGACGCCGCGUUACCUGCGCCACUUCAAUAUGCUUACCAUUAACGAUUUUGAUGAGAAGACCAUGUAUACCAUAUUCUCCAGGAUCAUACACUGGCAUUUUGCCAUACGGUUUUCUUUCCCGAAGCCAUUUGCGACGCUGACCGCUCAGAUUGUGAGGGGCACCAUGUCCGUGUACAAGGAAGCCACCAAAAACCUCCUGCCCACCCCUCAAAAGUCCCACUACCUGUUCAACCUCCGUGACAUUUCUCGCGUCAUCCAGGGCAUCUGCUUGUCGCGCCCCGAAACCGCAGAGGAGCCGUCCAUCAUCAAACGACUCUGGGUGCACGAGGUCCUGAGGGUGUACUACGAUCGUCUGGUCCAAGACUCGGACCGCUCGUGGCUCGUGAGCCAUUUGCAUGAGGUGUUCAAAGCUCACAUGGAGGUGAACUUCCACCAGCUCUUCCAGAAUCUGGACCAGGACCAGGAUGGAGAGGUCACCGAGGACGACCUGCGCAGCCUGAUGUUCUGCGACUUCCACGACCCCAAGGGCGACGACCGCAGCUACCGCGAGGUGCUGGACCUGGAUCAGCUGCGGCAAGUGGUGGAGUCGCACCUGGACGAGUACAACACCAUCAGCAAGGCGCCCAUGAACCUGGUGCUCUUCCGCUUCGCCAUCGAGCAUGUCUCCCGCAUCUCCCGCAUCCUCAAGCAACCCAGCGGACACGCCCUUCUGGUGGGCGUGGGCGGCAGCGGGCGGCAGUCCCUGACCCGCUUGGCGGCCCACAUGGCCGAGGCGGAGCUCUUCCAGGUGGAGAUCUCCAAGACCUACGGCAUGGUGGAGUGGCAUGACGACCUGAAGCUGAUCAUGACCAGGUCCACGUCGGGCGAAGCUCACGGCGUCUUCCUCUUCACCGACACCCAGAUCAAAAUGGAGUCCUUCCUGGAGGACAUUGGGAACAUGCUGAACACGGGCGAGGUGCCCAACUUGUUUGCAGUCGACGAGAAGCAAGAAGUGAUUGAGAAAAUGCGAGUGCUGGACCGCCAGCGCGAACGCGAGAAGCAGACGGACGGCAGCAACUUGGCGCUCUUCAACAUGUUCGUGGAGCGCUGCCGCUCGCAGAUGCACAUCGUUUUGGCCAUGAGUCCCAUCGGAGACGCCUUCCGGAACAGGCUCAGGCGCUUCCCGGCUCUCAUCAACUGCUGCACCAUUAACUGGUUCCAGACGUGGCCCGAGGACGCUCUGCAGGCGGUGGCCUGUCGCUUCUUGGAGGACGUGGAGAUGUCGGACGAGCACCGGGAGGGCUGCAUCGACAUGUGCAAGACUUUCCACACCUCCACCAUCCAGCUGUCGGCUCGCUUCAUGGACGAGCUCCAACGGCACAACUAUGUCACCCCCACCUCCUAUCUGGAGCUCAUCUCCACCUUCAAGACUUUGCUGAACGCCAAACGAGCUGAAGUGAUGACGCAGAAAAGUCGCUACGUGGUGGGUCUGGAGAAACUGGAGUCGGCGUCGUCGCAGGUGGCCACCAUGCAGGUGGAGCUGGAGGCGCUGCAGCCGCAGUUGAUCGAGACGUGCAAGAAGGUGGACGAGAUGGUGGUCCAGGUGGAACGCGAGUCGGCCGAAGCGGCCGAGACGGAGAAAGUGGUGAAGAUGGACGAGGCGGUGACCAACGAGCAGGCCAUGGCCGCCAAGGCCAUCAAAGACGAGUGCGACGCCGACUUGGCCGUCACCAUGCCCAUCUUGGAGGCGGCGCUGUCGGCGCUGGAUACGCUCACGCAGAACGACAUCACUUUGGUCAAGUCCAUGAAGAGCCCGCCCAGCGGCGUCAAGCUGGUCAUGGAGGCCAUCUGCAUUUUGAAAAAAAUCAAGGCCGACCGUGUGACCGACCCGUCCGGUAGCGGCAAAAAAGUGGAAGACUACUGGGGUCCCGCCAAAAAGCUCUUGGGCGACCUCAAGUUCCUGCAGAGCUUGCGCGACUUCGACAGGGACAACAUCCCCGCCAACAUCAUGGCCGUCAUCCGAGAAAGGUACAUCAGCAACCCGGACUUUGUACCCGAGAAGAUUCGGACCGCGUCCACCGCCGCCGAGGGCCUGUGCAAGUGGGUCUGCGCCAUGGACAAGUAUGACGGUGUGGCCAAGGUGGUGGCUCCCAAGAAGGAGAAAUUGGCCCAGGCCGAGUCGGAGCUGGAGGUGGCCAUGACGGCCCUGCAGAAGAAGCAGGCCGCCCUCAAAGAAGUGCAAGACGAAGUGGCCAAGCUCAAUCAGAUUCUGGAUGCCAACAAAAAGAAGAAAAUUGAACUGGAGAAUCAGGUGGAUCUUUGCAAAAAGAAACUGGAGCGCGCCACGCAGCUGAUUGGCGGCCUGGGCGGGGAGAAGACGCGCUGGAACGAAAUGGCGCUAACUCUGGGGAAACUCUACGAGAACCUGACCGGGGAUAUCCUCAUCUCGGCGGGCAUUGUGGCUUACCUGGGAGCGUUCACGUCCAGCUUCAGACAGGAGCAGAUCGAGGAGUGGUCAGAACGAUGUAAAGAAAAAGAGAUUCCCUCCUCAGCCAACAUGACUUUAACGACUUCUCUGGGGGAGCAAGUCAAAAUUCGGGCCUGGACCAUCGCUGGGCUCCCAACAGACGGCUUCUCCAUUGACAACGGCAUCAUCAUCUCCAACGCCAGGCGGUGGCCUCUGAUGAUCGAUCCGCAGGGCCAGGCCAACAAAUGGAUCAAAAACAUGGAGAAGGCCAACAGCCUGGCGAUCAUUAAACUCAGCGAUCCCGGCUUUGUUCGCACCCUGGAGAACUGCAUCCAGUUUGGAACGCCAGUCCUGCUGGAGAAUGUCGGUGAAGAGUUGGACCCCAUCCUGGAGCCUCUGCUGCUCAGGCAGACUUUUAAACAAGGCGGCGCCAUAUGCAUACGGCUGGGAGACAGCACCUUUGAAUACGCGCCCAACUUUCGCUUUUAUAUCACCACCAAGCUUCGCAACCCGCACUACCUGCCCGAAACCUCUGUCAAGGUGACACUGCUCAAUUUCAUGAUAACCCCAGAGGGCAUUCAGGACCAGCUGCUGGGCAUCGUGGUGGCCCGCGAGAGGCCCGACCUUGAAGAAGAGAAGCAGGCUCUCAUACUUCAAGGAGCGGAGAACAAACGGCAACUGAAGGAAAUUGAGGACAAAAUCCUCCAGGUGCUAUCCUCCUCGGAGGGCAAUAUCCUGGAGGACGAAACGGCCGUGACCAUCCUGUCGCAGUCCAAGGUGCUGGCCAACGAAAUCACGGAGAAGCAGGCGGUGGCCGAGGUGACGGAGGUGAAGAUCGACGAGACCCGCCUGGGCUACAAGCCCAUCGCCAUCCACUCGGCCAUCCUCUUCUUCGCCAUCGCCGACCUGGCCAACAUCGAGCCCAUGUACCAGUACUCCCUCACCUGGUUCAUCAACCUCUUCAUCGGCUCCAUCGACAACUCGGACAAGAGCGACGACUUGGAGGAGAGGCUCCUCAUUCUGAGGGACCACUUCACCUACUCGCUCUACGUCAACGUCUGCCGCUCGCUCUUUGAGAAGGACAAGCUGCUCUUCUCCUUCUGCCUCUGUGUCAGUCUGCUGAUGCACAGGAAGCUGGUGAACGAGGACGAUUGGCACUUCCUGUUGACGGGUGGCGUGGGGCUGGACAACCCUUACUCCAACCCCUGCACGUGGCUCCCCAAGAAGUCCUGGGAUGAGAUUUGCCGCCUGGACGCCAUCGAGCAGUUCAAAGGCUUGCGUCGGGACAUGGCCCAAAACAGGAACAUGUGGAAGGACGUCUACGACAGUCCGAAUCCCCACCAGACUCCGCUCCCCAACGAAUGGCAGGAGAACCUGACUCAGUUUCAGAGGAUGCUGGUGAUCCGAUGUCUCCGGCCCGACAAGAUUAUUCCAAUGGUGCAGCAGUUUGUUUCCGACAGUCUGGGCCGCCCCUUCAUCGAGGCGCCGCCCUUCAACCUGAGCAACACUUUUGGCGACAGCCACUGUUGCGCGCCCCUCAUCUUCAUCCUGUCCCCGGGCUCGGAUCCCAUGGCGGCACUGCUCAAGUUUGGACACGAAAAGGGCUUCACGGGGGACAAGCUGACGUCGCUUUCUCUCGGCCAAGGCCAAGGUCCCAUCGCCAUGAAGAUGAUCGAGACGGGUAUCGCGGACGGCACCUGGGUGGUUCUGCAGAACUGUCACUUGGCCACAUCCUGGAUGUCCACAUUAGAGAGAGUCUGCGAGGAGCUGAACCCGGAGUCCACGCAUCCUGAAUUCCGCUUGUGGCUCACCAGCUACCCGUCGCCCACCUUCCCGGUGGCCGUGCUCCAGAACGGCGUCAAGAUGACCAACGAGGCUCCCAAAGGCCUGAGGCCCAAUAUUGUCCGCUGCUUCUUGAUGGACCCCAUCUCGGACCCCAACUGGUUCGAAACCUCCAGCAAGCCGGCGGUGUUCAAGAAACUCCUCUACGGCCUGUGCUUUUUCCACGCUCUCACCCAGGAGAGGAGAAAGUUCGGACCUCUGGGAUGGAACAUUCCGUACGAGUUCAACGAGACCGACCUUCGGAUCUCUGUGCAGCAGUUACAGAUGUUCCUCGAGCAACAUCAGGAAGUGCCGUUUGACGCCCUGCGCUACAUGACGGGCGAGUGCAACUACGGCGGGCGCGUGACGGACGACUGGGACCGACGGACGCUGCGCACCAUCCUGGCCAUCUUUUACGACCAGAAGCUGGUGGAAGACCCCGACUACAAGUUCGAUCCCAGCGGGAUCUAUUUUGCGCCACCGGAAGGAGACUACGACAGUUACAUUGAGUACACCAAGUCGCUGCCCCUCAAUCCCUCGCCGGAAAUCUUCGGCAUGAACGCCAACGCCGACAUCACCAAGGACCAGUCGGAGACACAGUUGCUGUUUGAUAGCAUCUUGCUAACGCAGUCGCGCUCGUCGGGCGGCGACGCCAAGUCGUCGGACGACAUGGUGUUCGAGGUGGCCGCCGACAUCCUCAGCAAGCUGCCGGCCGACUUUGACCUGGAGCUGGUCAUGCUGCACUUCCCCACCAGCUACAAUGAGAGCAUGAACACCGUGCUGGUGCAGGAGAUGGGCCGCUUCAACAAUCUGCUCUGCACCAUACGAGACUCCUGCGUGGACCUCCAGAAAGCCAUCAAGGGCCUGGUGGUGAUGUCAUCCGAGCUGGAGGAGGUGGUGAGCAGCAUCCUGAAGGGUAAAAUCCCGGGCAUGUGGAUGAAGAAGUCCUACCCCAGCCUCAAGCCGCUGGGAAGCUACAUCACCGACUUCUUGGAGCGACUACAGUUCUUGCAGGAAUGGUUCGAUCAGGGCACCCCGGCGGUUUUCUGGGUGUCGGGCUUCUUCUUCACGCAGGCCUUCCUGACAGGCAGUCAGCAGAACUACGCCAGGAAGCACACCGUCCCCAUCGACUUGCUGGGCUUCGAUUUUGAGGUCCUGGAUGACGUCAAGUACAAGCGAGCCCCCGACGACGGCGUGUACAUCCGCGGCCUGUUCCUGGAUGGCGCCCGCUGGGACAGGAAGACCAAACUUCUGGCCGAGUCGUACCCCAAAGUGCUGCAUGACACCAUGCCGGUGAUGUGGCUGAAGCCCAUCAAGCGUCUGGACAUUCCCGAACGGAUGUGCUACCUGUCGCCCGUCUACAAGACCAGCGAGCGACGAGGCACGCUGUCCACCACCGGCCACUCCACCAACUACGUCAUCGCCAUGACGCUCAACACGGACGUGAACGCCGAGCACUGGAUUAGACGGGGGGUGGCGCUCCUUUGUCAGCUCAGCUCCUGAAGAAAAACGUUCAGGGCUCCCAUGUUUUCGCCGUCGUCUGGAUUGGGAUGGCGCUGUUGAUUGGUUUGCGGCGUUCGCAAAUGCAUCAGUUGCAGCAAUUCGUCGGACCGAACCGGUGACUGAAUCCUAAUCACGUGAUGGUAAUUUGAAAAUAUGUCCCGGAAGGGGAAAAAAAAAACGUGUCUGCGAGUCACCCAUUCAUUUGAAAAAUCCUUGACAAGAUGACUCAAUUCUGAAUCUAUCCAUUCGCCGAUCCGGU